AUGUGGGCUUGCAACAGUAGACGAGCACGUGGCGUUCUAUCCUCCAAUCCCCGAAGGGAAGAAUCUCCCUCCCCUUACACUAGUGACAGGAUAGGAGGAAGUCUGGCUCAUUUCCGCAAAUCGUUUACUUCGAACAGUUUAAAACAGUUAGCAAAACUAAAAUGUUUUUUUCGUGAACUACGUCAAUUUGCGCCCUUUGGAAAUGCACGUAGGUAUUGCGUACUACGUCAUCCUCUCUUCCCCCUAGUAACCCUCCGCGGCGUCUCAGGGAGGCAGAAGAAUCACAAGAUGGGUUUGUUGUCGAUUUUACGGAAACUGAAAAGUACCCCCGACCAGGAGGUGCGGAUAUUGCUUCUAGGGUUGGACAACGGUGGCAAGACCACCUUACUGAAACAGUUGGCAUCUGAAGACAUCACUCAUAUUACGCCAACACAGGGUUUCAAUAUCAAGAGCGUCCAGUCUCAAGGAUUCAAAUUAAAUGUGUGGGAUAUUGGUGGUCAACGAAAGAUCAGGCCCUACUGGAGGAACUACUUUGAGAACACAGAUGUACUGAUUUAUGUCAUUGAUAGUGCAGAUCGCAAAAGAUUUGAGGAAACGGGACAGGAGUUGGCUGAAUUACUUGAUGAGGAAAAGCUGAGCGGUGUCCCAGUCCUGGUGUUUGCAAAUAAGCAAGACCUGCUCACAGCAGCUCCUGCAUCUGAAAUAGCCGAGGGUUUGAAUUUGCACACUAUCCGAGACCGAGUGUGGCAGAUCCAGUCGUGUUCUGCCCUCACCGGAGAAGGAGUCCAGGAUGGCAUGAACUGGGUCUGCAAGAGUGUGAACGCUAAGAGAAAAUAGAGAUACUGUAACUUUCACCCUGGACGCACAUGUAAAAGUUCAUGACUUUGAAAAAACUGUCAGUAGGUACAGAAAAUGAACGCACCCCUUCAAAACUAUUUAAACUCACUUUUGCCUCUUCUAAUGGGUCUGCUAUGGUCCUGUAUUCAUACAAUGAGUUCAAGAUAAUAGUAUCCUUUCUUUUAAACUCAAAAUUAAGAAAGUACAUCCAUGUGAUUUUACAUUAUAGUCAACCAUGAUUUGACUUGGUUUCUUUAGUACAUUUCUUAAUUCAUUCUGCCUUCGUUUCUUGAGAUGAAUGACUUGUUUUUAUAAUAAAUGUUAUAGUUAUUUAGUGGAAGUUGUUGAUGAGACAUUUGUAGAAGUGGCAGCCUUCAUCAUUCAAUUCAACUGCUGUCUCUUGUUAGUUAAUCUAAGGUCAUUUCUCCUGAAAGUAACAGAGAUACGAAUGAAUUUACGGUACGCAAAUUCAGAAACAUCAGUAUUGUACAGAAGCAUAGGGGACCAUCGGCAGGAUAUGAAAUACAUUUUUGAUAAUUAAAUGUAAAUAAUGUUCCACAUAGCAAAUUAUUUUCUGCAUAUAUAUAUACUGUUGAAUUUUACAAAUCCAGCAUUUAAGGAUUUCUUAGAGCUCUAUACUGUAAGUGGCCUGUACAGCUGUAAUCUAUACACUGACGAGUACAAGAGGAAGUUUGUGAUCAUCACACCAAUAUUAUUUCUGUAUUGUCAACGAAUGUCAUGUUGUGUGUGAAAUUGCUGAAGCAUACUAAGUAAAACACUGAAAAUAUG